ACCACACACACUAUUCCUCUCAAUCAUUUCCCAUUUCCUAAACCCAAACAACAAAAACCAACACAAGCCAUGGAAGAAGCAAUGACAACCCUCAACGCCGCCCCCAAGCGCUCCGCCACCAACAAGCGCCCCCUCCCCUCCUCCGCCAUGCGAUACCGCGGCGUCCGCCGCCGCCCCUGGGGCCGCUACGCCGCCGAAAUCCGCGACCCCCAGUCCAAGGAGCGCCGCUGGCUCGGCACCUUCGACACCGCCGAGGAGGCCGCCCGCGCCUACGACCGCGCCGCCCGCUCCAUGCGCGGCCCCAAAGCCCGGACCAACUUCAUCUACCAUCCCCCCUUCCACCUCUCCAAAUCAAUUCACCCCUUCCAAAACCCUAAUUUCAAAAGCCCUAAUUCCCUAAACCCUCCGAAUUCGAUACAUUUCAACACUUCCUCCUUCAAUCACCCUUCUUCAUCCUCUUUCACCGCCGCCUUCAACCGCAGCUCAGCCACGCCAACAAACACCGAUUCUAGUGAUUUUUUCGCGAACGAGAGGCCCGAUUCCGGUUUGUUGGAAGAAGUUAUAAACGGAUUCUUUCCUAAAGUUAAUUCGGAGCCACAACCGCCGGUUAUUAAUGAGUUUGUAGGAGCGAGCUCGAGCGGCGAUUAUCAUCAAGUGUUUGGGGACAUUUUUCAUUAUCAAGAAGCUUUGAGUAUUAUCAACACGAACAACAAUUAG